GGGUAUUAGGUGCGGGCUAAUUCCAUUUGAUCUCUUCUUGCAGAGUAAAACUGCACCAUGAUAUAUUUCUUGCCGGCUUUAGUGGCGUUAGCAUCUAGUGCGGUUUCUUCGGCUGCAAAAGAUUCUACCGGAUGUACAGGGUAUGGAUUUGAGAUCUUAUCUGCAAGUCUGGAAUCACUUAGCAAUGCAGUUGUAAAAACUGAUACUUCGAUUAUGGAAAGCUAUUUGAAAAUCCGUAAAAAUAUACUCGAUAUGCAAACGCGCCUUGUCGAAUCCGAAUGUGGCAAAAGAACCGCGUUACCUGUAUCUUGUGACCAAAUCGAAUCCCGUAAAUCGGGACGCUACCUCAUCAAUGUGUCUCCCGGAUUGGAUCACCCGAUGGAAGUUUUCUGCGACCAAGAAUUCGAGGGAGGCGGAUGGUUGGUGUUCCAGAAUCGCUUCAAUGGGGCAGUUGAAUUCUUUCGUGGGUGGGAAGAGUACAAAAAUGGAUUCGGAUCCCUUGAGGGAGAAUUUUGGCUCGGCUUGGAAAACAUUCAUAAGAUUACAUAUUCGGAUCAGUACGAGCUAGCAGUUGUGAUUGAGGACUUCAAAGGGGAAAAAGCUGUUGCCAGAUACUCUUCUUUUGCCAUCGGUGGAGAGUCCUUGAAGUAUAAUCUAGAGAAAUUGGGCACCUUCAGCGGAACGGCGAAUGAUAGCUUAACCUAUCACAAGUCGGGUUCUUUUUCUACCUUCGACCGCGAUAACGACGAACAUGAAUCGCACUGCGCAUCCGUUUAUUUGGGCGCCUGGUGGUACAGGGGUUGUCAUCUCAGUAAUUUGAAUGCCCGAUAUGAUCCUGCCGGCUCAGCUAAUAAGAUAGUUGUCUGGAGAUUGUGGAAGGGUGAUACACACCGGCUGAAGAAAACCAGAAUGAUGAUCAGAAGAGUUCGCAAUUGAAAAGAAUUUAUGGAAUGAGCUUCGGUUUCCUCGAAUCAAAGGCCUUGAUUAAAUUUGAUUAGAUACGUAUUAGGCAGUGGAACUUUCAACAAAUACAGUGGAAUCCAAAUAAAUUCA